UGUUUUCUGCCUGCUUAUACAGUAUAUAUAACGCCUCGGCCACAAGCGGACGCCUCUUCUCUUUCAAGCUCGACGCUCACUCCUGCUUCCAAUCUUGCAUAGAACACGCAGUGCAAAUAUGCUCGUAUCACAAACCAUCGCAAAGGCUGUUCGCAGCGGGGCGACACGCGCGGCCGUUAAGUCGCAACGAUGCGCCUUCGCCAGCAUUGCCGACACAAAAGUCGCCAUGUCUCAAUUUGAGAAGAACCAGCACGUCAACUACCAGCGCAUCGAGGACAACCUGAAGAUUGUUCGCGACAGGCUCCAACACCCCCUUACCCUCGCUGAGAAGAUUGUAUACGGACACUUGGACCAACCUAAGGAACAAGACAUCGAGCGUGGAACUUCGUACUUGAAGCUCCGCCCGGACCGUGUUGCAUGCCAAGAUGCCACCGCUCAAAUGGCUCUUCUCCAGUUCAUGUCCGCCGGUCUCCCAACGGUUGCUGUGCCCACCACUGUGCACUGCGAUCACUUGAUUGAGGCACAGAAGGGAAGUGUCAAGGAUUUGGCUCGCGCUGAAGACAUCAACAGGGAAGUUUACGAUUUCCUUGCCACCUGCACUGCCAAGUACGGUAUUGGUUUCUGGAAGCCGGGAUCCGGAAUCAUUCACCAGAUCAUUUUGGAGAAUUACGCUUUCCCCGGUGGUAUGAUGAUCGGCACGGACUCCCACACCCCCAACGCUGGUGGUCUUGGUAUGGUUGCCGUUGGUGUCGGGGGUGCCGACGCCGUCGAUGUGAUGGCCAACAUUCCUUGGGAGCUGAAGUGCCCUAAGGUUAUUGGUGUUAAGCUCACCGGAAAGAUGAACGGAUGGACUUCCCCCAAAGACGUCAUUUUGAAGGUUGCUGGUAUCCUCACCGUCAAGGGCGGAACAGGCGCCAUUGUUGAGUACUUCGGUGACGGUGUUGACUCCAUUUCCUGCACGGGUAUGGCCACCAUCUGCAACAUGGGAGCCGAAAUUGGUGCCACCACCUCUCUGUUCCCCUUCAACCACCGUAUGGCCGACUACCUCAAGGCUACCAACCGUGGUGACCUCGCCAACUACGCCACCACGUUCAGGCACAACUUGACCGCUGAUGCUGGCGCCAAGUACGACCGAGUGAUUGAGAUCGACCUCAACACUCUGGAACCCCACAUCAACGGUCCCUUCACCCCCGAUCUUGCUACCCCCAUUAGCAAGUUCGCUGAGACCGCUAAGAAGAACGGCUGGCCUUUGGAGGUCAAGGCUUGUCUUAUCGGAUCCUGCACCAACUCCUCUUACGAGGACAUGGACCGCGCUGCGUCGCUGGCGAAGCAAGCCAUCGAGGCUGGUGUGAAAGCCAAGUCUCAGUUCAUUAUCACACCCGGUUCGGAGCAGAUUCGCGCUACCAUCACCCGUGAUGGUCAAACCGAAAUCUUCGAGAAAAUCAACGGUAUCGUGCUGGCGAACGCUUGCGGUCCCUGCAUCGGUCAGUGGGACCGUCAGGACGUGAAGAAGGGCGAGCCCAACACCAUCGUCACAUCUUACAACCGUAACUUCACUGGUCGUAACGAUGCCAACCCCGCCACACACGCGUUCGUCACCAGCCCUGAACUUACCACCGCCAUGGUCUUUGCCGGAGACCUCCGAUUCAACCCCCUCACCGACACCCUCAAGACCGCCGAUGGAAAGGACUUCAAGUUCUCCCCACCCCACGGCGCUGAGCUUCCCCCUCGCGGUUACGACCCCGGACAGAACACCUACCAGGCUCCUCCCGCUGACCGUUCCAACGUCAACGUCAAGGUUGACCCAAGCUCAUCUCGUCUUGAGCUCCUCACUCCCUUCAAGAAGUGGAACGGCGAGGACUACAAGGAGAUCCCCAUUUUGAUCAAGGUCAAGGGCAAGUGCACAACCGACCACAUCUCGAUGGCCGGUCCCUGGUUGAAGUACCGUGGUCACUUGGACAACAUUUCGAACAACAUGUUGAUCGGUGCCAUCAACUCGGAAAACAACAAGGCCAACUCCGUCUUCAACUUGACCAACAACAAGUUCGAGCCUGUCCCCCAAACUGCUCGUGACUACAAGAAGAAGAACCUCCCCUGGGUCGUCAUCGGUGACGAGAACUACGGAGAGGGUUCGUCCCGUGAGCACGCCGCCCUUGAGGUCCGUCACUUGGGUGGUGUCGCCGUCAUCGUAAAGUCCUUUGCCCGUAUCCACGAGACCAACUUGAAGAAGCAAGGUAUGCUUCCUCUGACUUUCGCCAACCCCGCCGACUACGAGAAGAUCGACCCCCGCGACAAGGUCGACCUCCUCGGCCUGAAGAAGCUGGCCCCGGGAUCUGAGGUCACCCUUCGGGUACACAAGCAGGGUGGCAAGACUGUUGACAUUCCAUUGAAGCACACCUUCAACGAGGGUCAGAUUGGUUGGUUCAAGGCUGGUAGCGCGUUGAACUUGAUGGCUGCCGCUGCGGCACAGCGUGCUUCCGCAUAAAUGAUUUAGCUUUUCGGAAUGAAAUGUGUCUCUCAUCUGUUUUACUAUCGUCUUUAAUCCAAAAAAACAUUUCAAAAAA